UUCGCGCGCAUGCGCAGCGCUUGCGCGACGCGGCGGCCUGGGGCGUUGCUUGGAAACCUCCGCUGUCUGUUGCGGCGGGACCGGCAGGAAUGGCGGCUUUGACAGUGGCGCGACUCGGGGCGGCCUUUGUACUCUUCGCGGCCCAGGUGACCUGCGAGUACGGCAUGGUGCACGUGAUGUCUGAGAGCGGUGUCCCCAGAGGCAAGGACUACUGCAUCCUCUACAACCCGCAGUGGGCGCACCUGCCGCACGACCUGGGCAAGGCGUCUCUCCUGCAGCUUGGCGACUGGUCAUCCUCCAUGCUCUGCUCCCCCAGCGACCUCCCUCCCGGGGGCUUCAUCAACCAGGUCCCGCUGGUGGCGCGUGGGAACUGCACCUUCUACGAGAAAGUGCGCCUGGCGCAAGGCGGCGGGGCACGAGGGCUGCUGGUGGUCAGCAAGGAGAAGCUGGUGCCCCCAGGAGGCAACAGGACGCAGUACGAGGAGAUCGGGAUCCCCGUGGCGCUGCUCAGCCACCGGGACAUGCUGGACAUGUUCCAGAACUUCGGCCACCAGCUGCGGGUGGCGCUGUACGCGCCCAGCGAGCCUGUGCUGGACUACAACAUGGUGAUCAUCUUCAUCAUGGCGGUGGGCACGGUUGCCCUCGGCGGCUACUGGGCCGGGAGCCGGGACGUGAGGAGAAGGUACGUGAAGCACAAGCGGGACGACGGGCCCGAGAAGCAGGAGGACGGCGCGGUGGACGUGACGCCCGUCAUGAUCUGCGUGUUCGUGGUCAUGUGCUGCUCCAUGCUCGUGCUGCUCUACUACUUCUACGACCACCUCGUCUACGUGAUCAUCGGGAUCUUCUGCCUGGCCUCCUCCACCGGCCUCUACAGCUGCCUGGCGCCCUGUGUGCGCCGCCUGCCCUGCUGCGGGUGCAGGGUCCCAGACAACAGCCUGCCCUACUUCCACAAGCGCCCCCAGGCCCGCAUGCUGCUCCUGGCACUCUUCUGCGUGGCCGUCAGCGUGGUGUGGGGCGUCUUCCGCAACGAGGACCAGUGGGCCUGGGUCCUGCAGGACGCGCUGGGCAUCACCUUCUGCCUGUACAUGCUGAAGACCAUCCGCCUCCCAACCUUCAAGGCUUGCACGCUGCUGCUGCUGGUGCUGUUCAUCUACGACGUCUUCUUUGUCUUCAUUACGCCCUUCCUGACCAAGAGCGGGAACAGCAUCAUGGUGGAGGUGGCCACCGGACCCUCGGACUCCACCACCCAUGAGAAGCUGCCCAUGGUCCUGAAGGUGCCCAGGCUCAACUCCUCGCCCCUGGCCCUGUGCGACCGGCCCUUCUCCCUCCUGGGCUUUGGAGACAUCUUGGUGCCAGGGCUGCUGGUGGCCUACUGCCACAGGUUCGACGUGCAGGUGCAGUCCUCCAGGGUCUACUUCAUGGCCAGCACCAUCGCCUAUGGCAUCGGCCUCCUGGUGACGUUUGUGGCGCUGGCGCUCAUGCAGCGUGGCCAGCCCGCGCUGCUCUACCUGGUGCCCUGCACCCUGGUGACGUCGUGCGCGGUGGCCCUGUGGCGCCAGGAGCUGGGCGCCUUCUGGACGGGCAGCGGCUUUGCGCCUCUCUUCUGCAGAAAGACCUUCCUCAGUCACUGUGGGCCCCGGCCGGCAGUUCCCAGCCCCCGAGGGAGCCAGUCGGCCCGAGACCCCAGCCUCCAGGUGAAGAGCAGCCCCCAGAGCCGUGCGCGGCGGAGGAAGAAGGGGCUGCAGCGCCUGCCCAGGAGCCCGGGAGCCCGGCCCGCAGCGCCCCAGAGCCUGAGGGCCAGGACCUGGCCUUGCCCGGCCCCCCUUCCGCCCAGCCUGGGAGCCCGGCCUAGGGAGGGGUCCUCCAAGCCCCUGAGGCCGUGCAUGGCCGUUGCCACCACACCACGAUGCUGGGGCCAGUGGCGACUGCAGGGGACACAGGACAGCCGCCCCCACCAGCCCGGCCCGUGCCGGCCCCCAACAUGGUGCUCAGUCCCGGGCAGGGCCUCGAGGCCCCCCUGCCCACGCCCGCCCGCGCCCCGCCUCUCCAGCCCCGCUCGGUGUGCUUGGCUGCCUCGGCUCCUCCGGCUCUGCAGUCUUCCAUCAGCUCCCGUCCCCGGUAGCCUGUGCCAUCCGCUUGUGGCCAAGGCCAUUGCGUCUGGUGCUUCACCCGCCACCGCUCCCCUUCAGGGUCGUCCUCCCUGCAGGGCGCAGCUCCAGGCUGCUGAGCAGCCACUGGCCACAUGAGGGGACCCAGCCUGAGCUGCACGGAGUGGGAGGCCAGCGGGGCUCAGGCCCUGGGCUGCGGUGCAGGCGAGGGACGGGCAGAGGGGACCAUAGUCGUCCCAGGGCCCAAAUGGGCCCAGAGUGGGGCCCAGCGCCUCCCUCCUUUAAUAAAGCGUCGCUGCUCUCUGAGUCUGGUGGUGUCGCCGGCAGGGUCCCUGCCACCCCACAGGGCAGGUCGGAAAAGCAGCCCAGAGCCUCUGGACCGAGGGAGGCCGCUCCCAGCCCACGUCCUGUCCGCUACCUCACCCACGGGCUCAUCCAGGCCCAGGACAGAGACGCCUGAGGCGGGGCCACCUGUUCGGGGCUGCCUGUGCCCCAAAUGCUGGGCAGCAGAGCACAGAUGCGGGACCCCUCCUCUCCGCUCGGCCUCCAGGACUGGGAAGGUGGAGGUGCCCCCCACUCCCUUGGGCCAGGGUGUCCGAGUGGGGCUCCCAGCCCCCCCAGGAUGUAGCAGAGGAAGUGGAGUGACCCCAACGGGCCGUGAUCCUUGAAAAGCCAGGUGAGCUGGGGGAGAGUGGCGGGACCUCCCUCCAUCCCCGGGAGCCAGGACAGUCUGGGGCCGGGCCCGCUUCCUCUGUGGGACUGCACCUUAACUCAAGCCAUUCUGUACGGGGUGUGCGUGGCGUUCCAGUCGGAGUGGGGGGCACCCGGGGCUCCCCAUUUGUAUGUUUCGCCUUGCUCCUGUUGGCUCUGAAGAUUAAACGUAGCUUUUGAUAUUA